UCUCAAACUCCUGGGUUUAAGCAAUCCUCCUGCUUCAGCCUAGAAAAUAUUUUAGUACAUUCCUUUUAAACGAACAGGAUUCUAUAACUCUAAGUUAUUAAUAAAUUAGUGAUGGAAAAGAAACUAGCCAUGGUUCAUGUAGACCUCUUUUACCUCUGCCAGCAUUCAAAAGAGGGGGAAAAAGCCACAGAAAUCAGCUUGCCUGUAAAUUCUAUAACUUCUAGAUGAAUAAAAUAGUUAAUUGUUCACUUGAAAAUGACUACUUUACGCUUUUGGAGAGAGGCCUGAAAAUUUCUUGGCAAUACUUCAACUGAUUAAUAAUUUAGAACAAUGAUUGACUGGAGAAUGGAAGUGGAGCUAAUAGCUUCUCAUUUUCCUCUUUAUUAUUUCAGACAAAUUGGUAAGUCAUGGUGGAGGUGUGGGAUGUUUCUGGGUCAGCUGGCUAGAAGCUUUAAAUUAAAAAUGAAGGAUGAUAUUUAAUCUUGAUUUUCUAAGAUGUUGGUCUCACCUCUGAUGGUAUGAGAUACCUUUGUGAUUGCAUCUGAUGCUUAAUCCUUAUAUGCAGUCCUGGCAAAGUCUAUGUGAACUACAGCAAACUUUUACUGUGACUCUGCUACAUGUGCCAUAUCAUGUUAAGCACUGGUUGGGAUAAAACAAUGGAUUUGAUGCAAUUCUAACCUUACGCAGCUAAAAAGUCUGGCAAGAGAUUCAUAUGCCUAUAAAUCAUCUUCCUACCAGGUAAAAAGCGUUAAGUGUCUUAAGAGAAAGAUACGAACAAAUACCAUGGGAGCCAUUAGCUUAUGGUAUCGAUGUGAGGAAUCUGCCUAAUAGGAAAUUAGUGAUUUAAAACAAUGUGAAAAAGUCAAAUCAGUACAAAUGAUGUGUGCUGAUAUCAGCAAUUUGAAUUAUGAAGUGGCUAAGGAAGGAGUGCUGGCAUGAGAAGCUGUUUCCGAUUUUCAGGGCUACAUAAAGCUGCAGUUCCAUCUUCAAAAAGAAAACAUUCAGAUAAGUUGAUAAUAGAAGGACCAAAGUGAGCCUCCUCCUAGGGAGUACCAGGAGUUUAGCUGGGAAUUUCCAUUUGUUCUUGGGAGAGGCAAUGGCUUUAACAGGAGACAGGGUUGUGGCUGCUGCCUGGGGUGCCGAUGUUCUCCUGCCUCUAAGAGAGAAUCAGCUGAGCCCUCAACUGAAUCCCACAAAUUCCAAAGAAAGCUUAAUUUUUUGUCUAGAUAAAACAGUUGUAUGUUUGAGUGCCACAUAUGCUUCCACUGUCUGAAUUUUUGCUAACAGAAUGAAGAUCUGAGUGCCAGGUCCUAAGGAGCAAAGGCUUGCUGUGGACCUCCUAUGUUUAAGUUCCUCCUAUGUACUUAAGUGAUAGACAGAAUAUUCAUGCAUCUAUAUGUAUAUGUUAUUGUGGCGGCCUAAAUUACAUUCCCCUGAAUUCAUAUGUUGAAGCCUUAAUCCCCAAUGUGACUGUAUUUGGAGACAGCCUUUAAAGGUAACUUUAACUACCUCUUUAAAGGUUAAUUACGCUUAAAUGAGGUCAUAAGGGUGGGACCUAGUCCAAUAUGAUUGGUGCUCUUAUAAGAAGAGAUACCAGGGAAGCAAGUAUACAGAGAAAAGGCCAUGUGACAAAAUGAGCAAAACGGCAGCCAUAUGCAAACCAAGGAGAGAGGCUUCAGGAGAAACCAAAUCGGCCAACACCACCGUCUUGGACUUUCAGCCUCUCUCUGUGAGAAAUAAAUUUCUGUUGUUUAAGCCACCCAAUCCAUGGUGUUUUGUUAUGGCAGCCUGAACUGACUAAGAUGGUAAUUGACAAAUUUCCCCGAUAGAUUUUAUUUAUGAGCCUCAGUGGGUGACAAGUUAAAUAGAACUCUUAAUUUGGGUCAAAGCAACUAUGAAAGUCCUUAAGAAACGAUUCCCCUGUCCUGCCUAUUAAGUAAUGCCCAGCAUAAUCAUACUAUAAAGCUACUCAUUUAUGCAGAGCAAGCCUUUCAUCUGACCAUCUACUUCUUUACCAAAUACUCAUUGAGUACCUACUAUGUGCUAGUUACUCAUGGAUUAUGCUCAAAAGGAUCUGUCCAUCUAGAAAAGGAAAUAUAACAGGCACAUAAAAUGGAGUCAUUUGUUUGUAGAAAUUGCCGUGGGCAUGUCAAGAAUGCUGGGAUUCAUGGCAGCUGGGAUGGCAGAGAAGUUUCCUUGGAGGAGGUGCCAUUGAAGGAGAGUUUUGGAGGAUGGAUGGGAUUUAGUCACACAGGGCUGUGCAAUGGAGGAAGGAGAGUUGAUAGGAGAAAGAAUGGUGAACAAAGGCUUAGGGAUUGAAUUUCUGGGAAGUGUACAAGGAAGCAAGAAUUUUGACUAAAAUGCAGAAUAUGCAAAGGGAAUUUUUUUCUUUAUAAGGCUGAGCUAUCUCAGACUCAAAGGGCUUCUUUCAUAAAAGAGUGAUGAUAUGUCAGGCAUUGUCCUAUGUACAUUAUUACAUUGACUCAUUCAUACCCAUAGUAAGGUAGGUGCUAAUAUUCUCCCCACUUUAUAGAGGAAGAAACUGAGGCAUAGAUGGGUUAAAAUACUUGCCAAUUGCUAAUGAAUUGUGGAGCUGGGAUUUGAACCGAGGCAUCCUGGCUCCGGAGCCCUUGCUUGCCUGAGAGCAUCUGAACCCAAGUAUAAGGAGAAGUACUGGAGGGUUGAUAGAUUUGCAAAUGGUGCAAGAUGCAGAGUUUCAAGACAGUAGGCAAUUUUGUGUAUUUCCUCGAGCAAAGAGGAAAGCAGAGCCCCUGCCUCCUAUAACCAUGAGGGGGGAUUGCAGUGCCCUUGAUCCCUUUUCAGCAAGUUAGCCAUGUUUGCAGCCCUCCGUGGAGAUAAAUUGGUGGUGCAAGGAAACAAAAGUGUUUUUCAGGCGCUCUGCUGCCAUGGUUAGCCUAGGACAGGGUUAUGAAAGGAGCUUUUCUGCCUCCGCUGCCUUCCGGGGUUACAUUCCUUGUGAAUCUACUGCCUCAAAAUGGAGCUUGUUAGUUGCGUGUCAUCCGAGGGUGGCAAUUAGUUGCAUGUGUUUGGUUGGGUGCCAGCCCCUGGGGCGCCAGACCUCAGUGCGGGAGCCACUGUUUGUCAUGAAUUAGUCUUUAAAUAAAAGCAAGUUUUUAAAAUGGAGCAUGCUAAUUUGGGUUUUGCUAACCCCUUCUGAAGAAGGCUUGGCCUGUUCGGUGCCAGCUGGCUGAGUUGGCAUUCAGCGAGAAACUGGGUCCUUACCAAAAAUCGCAUUGCUCCCCCCUCCCUCUUUGAGAGCAAAAUGGCAGCAAGGAGCUAGUUGGCAUGGCACUGCAAAACAAGGUGACACCAGGGGCAGGGACAGUGUAGGAAUCGAGAUGAUUAAAGGGAAUUGAAGUGCCGUGAUAUCUCUGCUGCUCCCCACCUUAGAAAGGAAAAGCUGCCCCUCUUUCUCCCCACUCACGCCACCCUCGGGCACCCAUUCAGUAACUUUCCACAUAAAAGGCUUUCUCAUCCAAUUGCUUAUACACUGCACCUUUUAUACUCUUCCAAGUUGUCCUUAAGGGAUUAUCACUGCAGCUUUUAACUUCCCCUAGAAAGAGCUGAAUGAACGUGAAUGGGGCGGAAGAGUCUUCACUGAGAAAGUGUCCCCCACCCCAAAACGCUCACAAAACCUCUAAUCACGAUGGAAGAAUGCCAUCCUGUUUUUGGCGGUGGCUGGCUACCAAUGCGCUAAUGCACAAUGACUGUCCACAUAGGUGGUAAUCACAAGGAAUCAUGUCGCACACACAACUCGUGGUCACAGGUCAUGCGGAGCAUACACCAGACCCUGGUAGCUUUAACGUGGUGCUUUUUCCCAUUAGCAAAGAGCAGCCCCAAGGACCACAGUUGUGAUUCUGGAAACUCAGCCCUUUGCCCAUUGACGAAAUGUCGUUCAGAUUCGGCCAACAUCUCAUCAAGCCUUCUGUGGUGUUUCUCAAAACGGAACUGUCCUUCGCUCUUGUGAAUAGGAAACCUGUGGUACCAGGACAUGUCCUCGUGUGUCCGCUGCGGCCAGUGGAACGCUUCCACGACCUGCGUCCUGAUGAAGUGGCUGAUUUGUUUCAGGCAACCCAGAGAGUUGGGACAGUGGUGGAGAAACAUUUCCACGGGACCUCUCUCACAUUUUCCAUGCAGGAUGGCCCCGAAGCCGGACAGACUGUGAAGCACGUUCACGUCCACGUUCUUCCCAGGAAGGCUGGAGACUUUCACAGGAAUGACAGCAUCUAUGAUGAGUUGAAGCAAUUCAAGUUCAAAUCAUUCACUCAUUUGCCCAAGGUCCCACAGCUCCAGAAACACGACAAGGAAGAGGAGGACUCCCCGGCCUCUUGGAGAUCAGAGGAGGAAAUGGCAGCAGAAGCUGCAGCUCUGCGGGUCUACUUUCAGUGACGCAGAUGUUUUUCAGAUCCUGAAUGCCAUCAAAAGGGCUAAUGCCAACCACUUUGAAGACCACCCCCAGAGGAACCGAAUCAGCGUGAAAAUGCAGUUUCUGCAUCUCCCCAUCCUGUGACUUCAUGCUGCAUUCUUCAACCAGUGAGCCCCCACCUCGGCCCUCCAAACCCUUUUAAAUACCUAGGUCUAAACGGCUCAGACAGGCAGGCUUGAGGUUUCCUCCUGUCUCCUUAUUCAGCAGCCUUGUGAUUAAACUUCCUUCUCUGCUGCAA